AUGUCGACUGCUUACAAGGUCAUCCACACUACCGAGGCACCUGGUGCCGUCGCACCUUACUCGCAGGCUGUGGUGCACAAUGGCGUCGCCUACGUCUCGGGCUGCAUCCCCUUCACCCCGCAGAUGAAGCUUGUCGAGGGUGGUAUCGAGGAGCAGACCGAACAGGCGCUGAACAAUCUCUUUGCCGUCGUCAAGGCUGCUGGUUCCGAGCCAUCUCACAUCCUCAAGUGCACCAUCUUCAUGAAGGACAUGAACAACUUUGAAAAGAUCAACGCUAUCUACGAAAAGCGUUUCGCUCCCUACAAACCUGCGCGUUCUGCCGUCGAGGUUGCGCGUCUUCCCAAGGACGUCGGCGUCGAGAUUGAGUGCAUCGCUGCUGUCAAGUCCAACCUCUAG